AUGAGCUCUUCCAACUUAGAGGAAUCUACUAAUGGAAGCGAGUCUAAACCAGCCUCGGCUAGUAGACGAGCAGACACACAGAGUGACCUCCAAUCAAAGUUAGCUCAAAAGAUCACAGCUGUUCGACAAGAUAGUAACACAUCAAGGGAUAAACUUGAGAAUGGGCAGAAUGGAAGUUCUGGACCCGAGGCGAAGAUCUACUAUACCCCAACACCAGGGGAAAAAUUCAAAUGCGUCGCCUGUAGUGAUAUUUUGAGACGACCAGUGAAGUUCGAGAUAUGUGGGCACUCCUGUUGUUCCACGUGUUACUCUGAUAUUACGUUGUCAACUGGUCGAUGCCCAGUGGAUGACAAUGUGCUAGAAAGAAGUGAUGUUACUAUUGACAAACAAAUGCAGAGGGAUUUGGAUUAUUUGGGAGUGAAAUGCAAUCACUUUGAACAGGGAUGCUCUUGGACGGGAUUGGCUAAGGACUUGAUGGAUCACUUGGAGGAGUGCCAACAUCGACUCGUCGCUUGUAUCUAUGACUGUGGUGUGGAAUUUGAGGUAAUUUUGUCAAAAUUUGUGUUGAAUGAGAAAGAGAAUGCUUUUUGUGCCAUUGGGUAUUGCUGCCAACACAAGCGCAGUCUUUACAGCACUGCAUUCAAUAUAAACAGGUGCCGAGAAAUGGGCUAUUUAGAUUCAAGUGUCAAACGCCAAACAUAA